AGAGAAGAGAAGAGUGAGAUAUAUAAGUGCUAUUUAUAGUGUUGGGGAGAAAAUGACGACUGGGAUAGUGCAAGAACAGAAGCUUGAUAAACACAUUGAGAAACAGAUGGGGUGCAUGGCCGGCUUUCUUCAGAUCUUCGAUCGCCACCAGAUUCUCAACGGCAAACGCCUCUACUCCACCAAACGCCUCCCUCCCUCCGCCGCUGUGGUGGCGUCGUCGCCGGAGCCGUCGUCCAACGUGUUGCCGGAGAUAUCAAAAGAGCUGGAGAUACAACCGCUACCGCAGAACAAACCCACGCCGUCGCCGGACAGAGGGAAGCAAUAUCCACCGGCGCCGGAGCUCCGAUCCCCUCUGCCGGAGCCGCGGACGCCGACGUGCGAGUCACCAUAUCCGAAAUCGCCGCUUCCACUCCCGGUCUUCGAAUUCAAAGAAGGCACGAGGUCGGCGUGGAAGUUCACCAGAGACAUGCCGAGGCUGUCGCUCGAUAGCAGAGCCACCGUGGACGCGAAAGGAAGCCUGUACCCGAAGGAGAUCAGAACCAACGCUGCAAUAUUGUCAGCCAACCGGUGCGUGAGCUCCGGCGAUUCGGAUGGAGACAAAAACAGCUCACCGAGUGUGAUUGCGAGGCUAAUGGGACUGGAACCAUUGCCUCAAUCGCAGUCGGAAUCGAAUCCUGAGCCGAGCAAGCUCCGGAGAUCGGCCUCCGAGUCGAGAGUGAACAGAGAUCUGUACCAGCCGCGGUUGUCGGAGAGCAAUAAUCAUGUUCAGGCAAGGCAACCGCAGCAAGCAAAUGUGAAGAGUACUAUUUCCGGCAAUGUAGGCAAAGAGGACCGGAGCUCCAAUGGUAGACAUGUGGAUCCGAAAUCGAAAGCGCAGAAUAGGGGAAUGGUGCAGAGGAAGAGCUUCUUUGAUUCCGCGGACUUCUUCCCUGAACCAAAACAAUCGAUUUCGGUUUACGGCGAGAUUGAGAAGCGGCUGAGGAUGAGAGGCAUUGAUGAGCCGUCUAAAGAUUUGGAGACAUUGAAGCAAAUCCUUGAAGCUCUACAGCUCAAAGGUCUUCUUCACUCGCGAAAAAAGUCGUCUCCACAAAUCAACUCCCGGAAUUUUGUGUACGACCGAUUCUCGGAAACGACGCCGGUUGUGGUGAUGAGGCCGUCCAGAUCGCCGAGUUCCACUAACCGAGCCGCCAGAUUUGGGAACGAGUCGCCGCCGUCGAGUUUCCGAUCAAGAGCCGCAGCUCGCCGGAAUGCCAGCCCCGGCGGCGAGACGUAUCAGGCGGUGAGCCCGAGGCGUGACCGACCGGAGAAUGUGCGGAGCCAAAGCAGAGGGAGAAGUGCGAGGCCGCCGACUAGAAGCGAAAAUGGCGUCAGAAGUCCGAGCCGCAGAGCCCCAUUAGUGAUCGACACACAUAGGAAAGGAAGUAGUAGUGAUUCGGUAGAGCACAGGAGAGUCUCUCCGGUUCAAUCUCCCAAGGUUAGUUCGAGACGGUCGGUCUCAGAUCAACCCACGGCUAACCGAUCACCGAGAGUCCGGAAACCAACGGCUGAGAUGACGCCCAAGGAGGAAAGAAUAACCAUCCUUAGAGCAGAGGAUGAUUCAUCCACAAUGUCGGAGAGUAGCAUCAGCACUUCUUCUCAAACCGACACUGAGAGAUGGAAAGUGGAGGAGUACAAAGAAGGGAGGAGUUUAUUGGAGAGGUGUGACAAGCUACUACACAGCAUAGCCGAGUUGCAACCGAGUCCGGUAUCGGUUUUAGACUCAUCGUUUUAUAAGGAGGAAUGUUCACCGUCGCCAGUGAUGAAGCGCAGCAUUGAUUUCAAAGGUGAGAUGGAAGAUAUUUGGGGGCAAGCAAUUUGCGGGAAUGAGUCAGAAUCUGACGACUGUGAUUUCGUCUAUGUUUCGGAGAUUCUCCGGGCUUCGAAUUACUUACCGGACGACUCCGACCACUUCUCAUUGCUGGAGAAGCAGCAAGAGCUCAAGGGGAAGGACACUUCGAGAGUUUCGACACUGGAAAGGAGGCUGAUCUUCGACAUCAUUAAUGAAAUCCUCGUCCGGAACCGGCAACUGCCGCCGUGGAAAGCAGUCUCGCGGCAGACUUCGGUGCCUGAAAUCUGGUCGGAGUUUAGGAGAAUCCGGGAGAGGGACGAAUCGGAGGACUUGUUCGAGGUGAUAUGCGCGGUGUUGAAGAAGGACCUUGCGGGGGACGCAAUAAACGGGUGGGGGGAUUGCUCGGUGGAAAUGUCCGACGCCAUUCUGGACAUUGAACGCCUCAUUUUCAAGGACUUGAUCGGAGAAGCGAUCCGAGAUUUGGCCUCUAUUUCCCCGAACUCCGGUAGAGUCUCGGCACUCUGUCGGAAGUUGGUCUUCUGAAAACGGAGGGGAGAAGGGGACGGAAAGUUUCAAUUUUCGCGCCUAUUUUUUUUCUUUGAGAUUAAAAAUAUGAUGUUGUUUUAGCUUUUUUAUGUCUCGAUUAAAAAAUUUGAGGGAAAUGUUUGUCUAUGUGCUUUAAAAAAAAUAAGGCAAAUCUAACGGUA